AAGGAAACGCGUGCACAACAUUUGCUGCAAAAAACGCGCGCACUUUUCGUUCACACAUAUUCGUAUUUAAGAAAUAGAGAAAUAAAGAAGUAAUCAAACACACUGAUUAACCUAUCAUGGGAAUUUUAGGACUUUCAAAACUAAUUGCUGAUCUGGCGCCACUGGCCAUUCGGGAGAGUGAGAUCAAAAACUUUUUCGGUCGCAAAGUUGCUAUUGAUGCCAGCAUGUGUCUUUAUCAGUUUCUAAUUGCGGUGCGCUCAGAGGGCGCCCAACUGGCGACCGUCAAUGGAGAUCCUACCUCACAUUUAAUGGGCAUGUUCUAUCGCACCAUCCGUCUGCUUGACAAUGGAAUAAAGCCGGUCUAUGUUUUUGACGGUGCCCCUCCAGAUAUGAAGUCCGGCGAGCUGGCGAAGCGUGCAGAGCGGCGGGAGGAAGCUGAGAAGGCACUGAAGGCGGCCACCGAAGCGGGUGAUGAAGCAGAGAUUGACAAAUUCAAUCGACGCCUUGUGCGCGUGACCAAAGAGCAUUCGCGGGAGGCCAAGGAACUGCUCAAAUUGAUGGGAGUGCCAUAUGUGGAUGCACCCUGCGAGGCUGAGGCGCAAUGUGCUGCUCUUGUCAAGGCUGGCAAGGUGUAUGCCACGGCCACAGAGGAUAUGGAUGCGUUAACCUUUGGAUCCAGCAAACUGCUACGUUAUCUUACGUACAGCGAGGCGCGCAAGAUGCCGGUCAAGGAGUUCUCCUACGACAAGGUAUUGCAGGGUCUGGAACUCACAAGCACAGAGUUCGUUGAUCUGUGCAUCCUGAUGGGCUGCGAUUACUGCGAAAGCAUCAAAGGUGUGGGACCCAAGCGAGCCAUCGAGCUGAUCAAAAGCUAUAGGGAUAUUGAAACAAUUCUGGAGAACAUCGACACCAACAAAUACUCGGUGCCGGAGAAUUGGAAUUUCAAGCGCGCCCGUGAACUGUUCGUUGAGCCGGAUGUAACAGAUGCCACCACCAUUGAUCUCAAGUGGACAGAGCCCGACGAGGAGGGUCUGGUGCAGUUCCUGUGCGGCGAGAGACAGUUCAGCGAGGAGCGCGUGAGAAACGGCGCCAAGAAGUUGCUGAAAUCCAAGCAGGCACAGACGCAAGUGCGUCUUGACAGCUUCUUCAAGACUCUGCCCAGCACGCCAAAUGCCAACCUGGCUGCCAAGCGGAAGGCCGAGGAGGCCAAGAAGAGUGCCAACAACAAGAAGGCCAAGACGAGUGGUGGCGGUGCCCGUGGCAGGAGACCCAAGUAACAUGUAUAAGAUGCUCUGCAAAAUUAACAUGUUUCUUUUUAAUUUAACCACCUUACACACUUAAUGCUACUCUUUAAUAUUACAAGCUACUUUCAUACAGUUAUAAAAAACAUAUUGGGCUUAAA